CAUGAAAUUUACAUUGACAUGACGAUCCAAGUGAUAAGUUUAAAGAACUCAUGAAUUGUUCGGAUUUUAAUAUAUUGACCCAUGAGUUUGGUUACCAAAUGGACAAGACCAGCGAUGAGUGCCAUAGCAGGGCCUCUGCUGGGCCUCAGCUCAGCUGCAUCCAAUUUUGCCUACUUCCUUCCUGCUCUGGUGGCGGCAAUAGCAUACUUUCAAUACGAAAUGCUGGAUCCUGAGUCAAGGCCGAUUGACGUACCAUCGGAGGAGCUACUCGAGAGAUAUGACUUCAUAGUGGUGGGUGCUGGAUCUGCUGGAGCUGUUGUGGCAAACCGCCUCAGCGAGAUAGAGGGUUGGAAAGUCCUUCUUUUGGAAGCAGGUGGAGACGAAACAGAAAUAUCCGAUGUACCUUUAAUGGCUGCCUAUUUGCAAUUAUCCCAGCUCGAUUGGAAAUACAAGAGUGAACCCCAAGGACAAGCUUGUUUAGCAAUGAACAACGGUAGAUGCAACUGGCCUAGAGGAAAAGUCAUAGGUGGUUCAUCAGUACUCAAUUAUAUGCUGUAUCUACGUGGAAACAAGAAGGACUACGAAAUAUGGGAAUCCUUGGGAAACCCAGGAUGGGGCUACAAAGACGCUUUGUACUAUUUCAAGAAAUCAGAAGACAACAAGAACCCAUACUUGACGAAAACGCCGUACCACUCUGAAGGAGGGUACCUCACAGUUUCCGAAGCCCCCUACCAUACGCCACUGGUGGCUGCUUUCGUGGAAGCGGGAAAACAGUUGGGGUACAAAAACCGGGAUAUAAAUGGACAGUUCCAGUCAGGAUUCAUGCUGGCCCAAGGAACUGUGAGAAGAGGUGCGAGAUGUUCAACGGGAAAAGCCUUCCUACGCCCAAUCCGUCUCAGACCAAACCUCCACGUUGCCAUGCGUUGUCACGUAACCAGAGUCCUCAUAGACCCUUCCACCAAAGUUGCUUUCGGAGUCGAAUUCGUCAGAGACGGCAAAAUCUACCGCAUACGAGCCACGAAAGAGGUUAUAUUAUCCGCUGGAGCUGUCAAUUCACCACAGAUCCUCAUGCUUUCCGGCAUAGGACCCAAAUCCGACCUCGAAAAGCUCAAGAUUCCAGUCAUCCAAGAUCUACAGGUGGGUCACAACCUUCAAGACCACGUGGGACUGGGAGGACUGACCUUCGUGAUCGACAAACCCGUAUCAAUUCUCUUAAGCAGGGUAUAUGCUGUGCAACCAGUUCUUCAGUACGCUGUUUUCGGUGGAGGACCGCUGACUAUCAUGGGAGGCGUGGAGGGUUUAGCCUUCGUUAAUACGAAAUACGUCAAUGCUUCAGAGGAUUUUCCAGAUAUUGAGUUCCAUUUCAUCUCUGGUUCAACACAUUCAGAUGGUGGUGCUCAGCUGAAGAAAGCUCACGGGCUUACUGAGAAUUUCUACAAGAAAGUUUUCGAACCAAUAACUGGCAAGGAUUCGUUCAGUCUGCUUCCAGUGCUACUCAGGCCCAGAAGUCGAGGUUUGAUCAAGUUAAGGAGCAGGAAUCCUUUUGAUCCUCCUCUAAUUUACCCGAAUUACUUCAAAGACGAUUUCGAUAUGAGGACACUCAUCGAAGGUGUUAAGAUCGGUGUUGCUCUGAGCAGGACACCUGCUUUUAAAUACUACAAAAGCAAAUUUCUACCAUUCCCAGCUUGCAACCAUAUUCAAAUCCAUACAGAUCCAUAUUACGAGUGCAUGAUCAGACACUAUUCUGCCACGAUUUAUCACCCUGUAGGUACAGCUAAGAUGGGACCUUACUGGGAUGAAGAUGCGGUUGUUGACUCAGAACUGAGGGUGUACGGAACCAAGAAUCUGAGGGUAAUUGACGCUUCUAUAAUGCCGACGUUAGUGAGUGGAAACACGAAUGCGCCAGUUAUUAUGAUUGGAGAGAAAGGGGCGGACCUGAUCAAAUCCUUGUGGAUAAAAAGAUCGCGGUUUGGUGGUUUCCAAAAAAUGAACGUACUGCAAUAGAUUCGAAAGCCUUCGUGAGUUAGAAAUGUUACCUGUAUAGACAUGCUGCUGGAAUGUUUGAGUGCAAAUGUAUAUUAUGAAUUAGUUAUAUCUUUGUAAAUAUGUUAGAUUGUAUUGCGUUUAGAUUUAAGAAUGAAUAUAUGUCGGAGUUGAA